GCUAUGGGAGUAGCUGGGGGGAUCCCCCCGCUUGCCACCGCUCAAUAAUAGUUCCUCACUUCAUUCAUAGCGUAAUAACACAGCAGGGCAAGGAAGUGAUCAGUAUUCCACACGGGACUCGGCCGGUACGGGACGAAAAAAUACCUCAAGCGUUUCUGAUCACGACUUCUCGGUAAAGGUUAGACGAACCUAGGAUUAGUGAGUGUACAGUCAACAUACGCAGGUGUCGAGUAAGGUUGUUUAUUUAACUAAGACGGUUACGUACAUACUCGCACCACCGGGGCACGUAGCGAUGGAGCGGCGGUACGGAGUGGACUUUCGCCCGAAGGUUUCUCCAGAGUUGGUCGGUCCCACCAAGUCGGCAUGGCCGACCUUUUGCGAUCACCUGUUCACCCACGGUGGCCCCAAGUCUCGGCAUGGGCGUAGUGGCAAGAGGGUUAAACGAAAAGUCCGCCCUGCGCCAAGUGAACCGUACAAGGCUCCCACCAAAACAAAGUGCAGUACUGCUGAAGAUCGCGCGGCGGCGGUGUCGUCGUCAUUUUCCAGUCUCAGAGGCGUUUCUCCGUUUGAGGACACGUCAUCGUCCGUGAGUGGUGUUGAGGACGACCUGCAAUCGGAAAGAAGUUUAUAUACGCCAUUCGAUGUGGAUGUAGAAAGUGGCUUUGGGAGUCUGCCGGGAACACCGGAAGUUCCUGAGAACGAGAGGACUUCCUGUUGUGAAGAAGAUCGGAUCUCGUGCAUGACGCAAGAUACCAGCAUCAGCGACUACUUUGAGCCUGAGACCAGCGAAAAUAAAGAAAAUAUUCCCGAGGACCUCAGACACGAGACGUGGCGAGAGGAACCUGUGAAGCCGAUCCAGGAGAAGCCAACUACAGAUAUAUUCAUUCCUUGCGCUGAAAUCACAGAUGAAUUUCCGCAGAAACGCGAUUAUGAAGGCCCCUGGAAACCGUACGGACCUCCCGGUAUCCCCGAGAUCGUGAGACGUAAAGAGGAGAGGCAGAAGGCGGAGGAGGACCUGAGACGUCUGCGGAAACUCAUCGUCAUCGUCUCCGCCCUGAGCGCGCUGUUCCUGGCGCUGGCCGUCAGUAUCGUCAUGGGAAACUUUCUCAUGCCCGAGGAGCCCCUCCCAGGGUGGAUGACCUACUUCUCGUACCCAGGGAUGUCGGAGUCGUUCCCAUACAUGCGUGAUGAUCUGCGUGCCAUCGUCGCCGCCAGACGCCCACCUCCCAUCCCUCCUGUCAUAUCCAUCUGCACCAAUGUGAGCCUUCCCUCAACCGAGAAUUCGGUCGGCACCUUCAACUGCAGUGACGUCACCUACGGACCGAGACUCGGCCAGAAGUACGUCGUGCGGUUCUGCGUUCUGUCGUGUGACGUCGGUUACCAUGGUGAUGACGCAGGCCUGCUGUUCUGUGACAACUCCACGUGGUCUCCCAUAGCACCGGAGGUCCUGAGUGCACUGGUGGCGCUGGGGCAGGCGGUGGACGCAGUGUCGAGCACUGAAACCAUGACUGCAAAGCUAACCCAACUCGGCGUAAACGGGACCAUCUACACGAAGGUAACCGCCGGGGUGAUGUCACGACUGGACCUGGCGAACGACGUGUCUCUGGGCAGCCUGGAGGACUCCCUGUCGUACUUCGAGUUCAUGAGUAACCAUGGUAACGGGACGAUAGGUCAUCAUUACAUGCUGAGGCAGGCGCUCUCGCACAUCAGUCCGGGGCUCAUCAGGGAGGUUUCUGAGCUGAACUUCACAGCGGCACUGGCACAGCUAGGACAACCUUACGUGCUGAGGCAGGCGCUCUCGUACAUCAGUCCAAGCCUCAUCAGGGAGGUUUCUGAGUUCAACUUCACAGCAGCACUGGCACAACUAGAUGCCUUCGGUGCAUCCAAGAACCCGAAAUGUAACAAGGUGAACUGUGGCGACCCCAAGGAGCCGGGCAACGGAUCACUCUCAGGCGGUAGGACGGAGUUCAGAGACAAGUUCACAGUGCGCUGUGAUCCUGGGUACGAGAGAAGCCACGCUCACAUAGAGUGCCUUGGGAACGGGAACUGGAGCAAGGUCACAUGUGACCCAGUGGACUGUGGCCAACCGCAGAAUAUAUCAGCAGGUGCGCAUGUCUGCCGGGGCACGACCUUCACACAGACGUGUCACGUCACCUGUGACGUAGGUUACGUACCCGUGACGUCAGACGAGUUGGUCUGCAGCUCCAGUCGGAAGUGGAUGCGCAUACCCGAAGGAACGAACGUCACCACGCUGAAUGAGUUUAUCCAACCAAAUAUGUCGGAGGUGUUGAGCUGUGAGAGGAAGGAAUGUGGUAACAUAACGGUUCCUGAAUAUGGAGAAGUAAUGUGUUCUGGGACACGCUACAACGACACAUGCGCACUCUCCUGCGCGGAGGGAUACAUCCCCACGGCUGGCACACAGUUCACGUGUGAUGCGGCUGGGAACUGGACAGGAGUCCCAGAAUGCACGCCGGUGGAGUGCGGUGACCCCCCGUCCUUCCCGAACAUGGAGUUCGAAUGUUCGAUAGGCACGUCAUUUCCGCACAGCUGUGUCACUUCCUGCGGAACCGGAUAUAGGAACACGAACUAUACACACGUCGUGUGCGGUAGCCAUGGCAACUGGACGCUUGGAAGUAAAACAGACGUUUUACUGGAGAGUUUAGCGGACGACUUCUUCUGUGAGAGAAAAGACUGUGGUGUGCUACAAGAACCCAGCAAUGGCUCCCUUGUUUGCACGGGAACGAGAUUUGAAGACGCCUGUAAGCUGACCUGUGACACUGGGUACGAGGCCACAAAGGAUGACGGGAUAUCUCUAUUCGAUGAGGAAGGUUACACGUGUACGGAAACCGGCAACUGGAGCAGUCAACCAACUUGUGGCGAGUCCGACUUCUGCCUGCAUGGUCAUGACGACUGCCACCAGCAUUACGGGGUGUGCGAACAUACGGGACAUCAGACUUACUCCUGUCGCUGCACGCAGGGGACUCUGGGUAACGGGAGGAGCUGUACGUUAACCGGCUGCGGUGUUCUCGAUGUCCCUGAGCCAGCUAACGGGAAGCUGCUGUGUGAGCUGCAUUCUACCCGGACGGGCUCUCCCGACUGCCGGAACCUGACGGCCUCUGGUGUGGAGAACCAAGAGUACGAGUCGGUCUGCAGUCUGACCUGUAACCCCGGCUACAGACAGACGCUGGACGUGUCUUACAUGUGUAUGAGGAACGGAAGCUGGCACACUCCGCUGGACCUGGGGAACGGCGACGUCCAGCCAUGCAUCGACAUUGACGAGUGCCUGAGCAGUCCGUGCAGAAACAACGCCACGUGCACCAACCUGGAGAACAGCUACAGCUGCGCAUGCGUGCCCGGAUUUACGGGCAACGACUGUGAUGAAGAAAUAAACGAGUGCCAAAGCGACCCCUGUCAGAACGAAGGGUACUGCAGCGAUGACGUCAACAGCUACAACUGUUCCUGUCGUCCGGGUUGGACGGGCGAAAUCUGCGAAAUAGAUAUCGAUGAGUGUUUCAACAGCCCGUGCCAGCAUGGCGGAACAUGUGAUGAUCACGUGAACGGCUACACCUGCCUCUGUGCUGAUGGGUGGGAGGGAGACGACUGUGAAAUAAACAUCGACGACUGCGUAGGCGUGACCUGCCAACAUGGCGGCCGCUGCGAUGAUCACGUGAGCGGCUACAGCUGCAACUGCACGGGAGGCUGGAUUGGUCAACACUGCGGAUCACGUGCGGCCAGCUGCGCAGUCCUGAAGGAUGCUGGGUACACCAUCUCAGGUAGUUACGUCAUCGACCCAGACGGACCGGACACCGGAGUGGACCCCUUCACUGUACUCUGUGACUUAGAUACAGGCGCCACGUUGGUCGGCCAUGACAGUGAGAACCGCACCAGAGUAUGUCCCGGAUGUGAGGCAGCAGGCUGCUACAGAAAGGAGGUCAAAUAUCUCGCCUCACUGGACCAGCUCAGCGCUCUGGUCGCCGCUUCAAACUCCUGCAAACAGUUCUUUAAGUAUGAGUGCUACAAUUCCAUCCUGAACAUCGCCUGGUGGGACUCCCGUACCGGAGAGAGGCAGAUUCACUGGGCGGGCUCAGCCGGGGGAAGACACACGUGCUCGUGUGGGGAAUCAGGUACAUGCGCAGACGAAAAUCCCUCCUGUAACUGUGACAACAACGACAACGUUUGGCGGGAAGACUUCGGCUGGCUCAUGGACAAGCACAACCUUCCCGUCAUGCAACUCAACUUCGGAGACACGGGGGACGCAGGGGAAGAUGCAUUUCACACUCUGGGGAGGUUCACGUGUGAAGGGACGAGUCAAUAACUAUAUCAACUCAACCCAAAAAUGGAUAUGUUCGAAAAAUCGUCUUUCACAAGUUAUAACUUUCGUAGCGUUGAACUCAUCGCCAGUAGGAGUAUCCUCAUGAGAUAGCUUUUAACAAAGUCUACAAUUAGAUGUGCAAAAGUCAGGUGUGACAGGUUGUUCAGUGUAAUAUAGAUAGAUAUAACCAGCUGCUGCCGCACAACUGGCGUGUGGUGUCGAAUGACGGUUAUACGAGUACCAGCUAUAUACAGAUAUCUAAGAUACAAAAGGUAUACCGGACUUAUUGGUCGAUGUCAACUUCACGCUAUGUUAUGCUUGAUUUCAAAAGAAUUCACUGCUCCCUGCUGAGCCACUGCCCCAUUGACUUUUGUAAACUAUAUGUUGUAUAGUUUUGAAGAUUGUUGCUUUGCAUUUUGUAUACUGGUGUUGUAUAUAUGCUUUGUAAUGUAUAGCGAUUGCAAUUUUUAUCUGUGUUGUGUUAUGUGUAAUUUAAGCAAUUAGUGCCCAGUGCUAUAAGCUAAUUUAGGGUAUUAAAUGACGAAUAUAACCUCAAGGGUAUUUUUGGCUGGGAAUGUGUUUUUUUAUUGCUCCAUAUAU